UUCCCGCAGUAAGCAAGUGUUUACAAAUAAUAUCCGUAAAAGAGUAUAGAUCUCUACCUAAAUUAACCUCAAUUAUUGUAUAUCGCGAAAAUCCACAGUGAUUACGAGUGUAAUUAAGUCAGUGAUGGAAAUCCGAGAGGACCCAAUAAGGGUGAAGGAAGAGCCGAACGAUACUUGGACUGAUGCAGGCGACGAUAAUAUUUUGGAUUCGGGGGAGUCUUUCAAAGCCGAUAACUUUCAAACAUUCACGUUUUAUAAACUAUCAGCGAAUCGUGAAAAUGAGGUUAUGGCAUUGCAGAAAAAGUUGGAUGAAAAAAUAUCAGUCGAUUUUGAGUGCAAAAAUGUUAAACUUGAACUGAAGUCUCCAUCCAACUGCAAAACUGAAGAUGAAAGUCAUCCACCUAUCGUAAAAAUAGAAAACGAAAAUCAGACAAAUGACGUGAAUGAAAAGAUAUUCAUUGUUUUUGAAUGCAAAGAUGUGAAACCUGAACUAAAGUCUCAAUUGGUAACCAACUGCAAAACCGAGGAUCAAAGUUAUCUACCUAUUGUGAAAAUAGAAAACCAAGCUCAGACCAGUAGCUUAGAUGAAAAAAAUCCAAUGAUUAUAGUAAAAAAAGAAGUCAAUUACGAUGAUAAUUGCCAAUUACAAGAAAAAUCACGAUUGAAUCUAGACGAAUCCGAGGAGGUAAAAAUAUUCGGAAAUAAUUUGUGUCGAAAAGCUCAUGAAGAAGAAGCAAAUCUAAAAACACAUAUCGAUAAGACGCAGAACAUAAGACCACAUGAAUGUGAGAUUUGUCACAAACCAUUUGGAAACCGCACAGAUAUCAAAAGACACAUACAUGAUCAUAUCAAACCCUUUGAAUGUGAAAUUUGUCACAAAUCAUUCGGACGAAAGGGUAACCUCAAUAACCACAUUAAUACCGUACAUGAUAAGAGCAAACCUUUCGAAUGUGAGAUUUGUCAAAAAUCAUUUGGAUGCAAAAGUAAUCUCAAUAAACACAUGAAAAUAGUACAUGAUCAGCGCAAAUCCUUUGAAUGUGACAAUUGUCAGAAAUCAUUUGGACUAAAAAGUAACCUCAAGCGUCACAUAAGUGCAGUACAUAUUCGGAGCAAACCCUUUGAAUGUGAGAUUUGUCACAAAUCAUUUAGAGCAAAGGGUGAUCUCAAUAAGCACAUAAAAAUAGUACAUGAUCGUAAGAAACCCUUCGAGUGUGAAAUUUGUCACAAAUCAUUUGGAGAAAAGGGUAACCUCAAUCAACACAUGAAUGUACACUAUAAGAGCAAAUCUUUUAAAUGUGAGAUCUGUCCAAAAUCAUUUGGAGCAAAGAGCGAUCUCAAUAAACACAUAAAUACAGUACAUGAUAAGAGCAAGCCUUUUGAAUGUGAGAUUUGUCAAAAAUCAUUUGGAGAAAAGAGUACUCUCAAUCGACACAUAAAUGUAGUCGGCUUCCAGCGCGAGUAUCAGAUCGGCCGGGUUCUGCGCGAGCGCUACGACGCUUUCCUCGGGGACUAUCACUUCGACGACGUCUACGGCUACAGCACGGAUCUGCGCCGCACCAAGACGUCGCUGCUGCUCGUGCUCGCCGGCCUCUAUCCGUCGACCAACAAGACCGCCUGGAACGAUCAGCUCAACUGGAUUCCCAUACCGAUCAGCUACUCGAAGAUCGAGACGAAUUUCCUGUCGGCUUUUCAGUGCCCACAUUUAGUCGAUAUGCAGAAGGAGAUGAUCCGUAGCCCGGAGUUUCGGGCGCGCUUGGACGAGUACAAUGAGUUCAACGAGUAUCUCGCGACGGAAAUCGGAGCCGACAUCGCGUGGAAGAAUUACCUUCAGCUGCUCCUGUACAACAACGUUCGAUCGACCAUGAGCAUGGGCCUACCGUUGCCCGCUUGGUGCGACUCGACCUGCUACGAGAAUCUCAGUAAACUGUCGCGCAUUCUCUUCGACUCGCUGGUGGGCAACAGCACCAUGACCAAAUUCAUGGUCGGUUCCACCGUCGAUCGCCUCCUCGACAACAUCCACGAGAGCGAGCUGGAAGAUAGCGUGAAGCGAAAGAUCUACCUGUACAGCGCGCACGACUUCAAUCUGGUGACGUUCGAGGAGGCUCACAAUUUCACCGAGGUCCCGGUCAUUCCGGACUUUGGCUCGGCCAUCGUCGUGGAGAAGCUCAAGGACAGACGCGGCAGGAUUUACAUAAGGAUGCUGCUGUGGACAGGCGCCGAGGAGCAGAUGUUGCCCCUGAAGAUCCGCGACUGUUCGGAUCCGUGUCCGCUCGAUAUGUACGAGCGUCUGGUCGAGCACAUCAGAUUUCGCGACGAGUACAGAUGCGAGUCGGCGGCGGCGGCAGAGACGAGGCCGAAAGGUCUCAAGGUCGGCGCUGGUAUUCUCCGGGACACGGAUGAUCUCUCGGCAGGUGGAAUUAGGCGCAGAAGAAGGAAAUUCGACGCCGACGAGCAGCUGGCGGUUUUGUACGCAGGUCGAGAUCUGCUCGAGUUCAAGUACGGCCGGCAGUGUCUCGACGAUUUGGAUUACCAUUGA